UAGUCGGCAUUAGCCUCCCAGUAAAACACGGCCUUUCCUGACGUAACUCUGAGGUGAUCUCUCUCCUCUUUCCCCCCCACCCCUCCACCAGAGGUUUGCGGUCCCUCAGUGCGCGUGCGUCCUGUUCUGGGUCGCGCUGCGCAUGCCCGUUGUCCUCCGGCAGGCGCUUGUGUCUCUGUGCUGCGCACGCUCUGUACUAUUAACCUCAGUGUCCUUACUGCGCAUGCUCUGUUCCCUAAGUUUAUACAUUUUUUUUUUUUUUUUAAAUGAAGGCCCUUAACUAACAUUCCCUCAUCUCCUCCACCUUGUUUAAAUGAAUGCGACAGCGUUCAGAUGUCAGCGCAUGUUCUUUGCGUAGAGCAGUUGAAACGCCGUCAUGUAAAGAGCGCGUGUUCGCGUUCUAAGCUAGAGUUAAUGGGUAAUUGUGUCACCGCCUCUCACCUAUAACGCAGUCCUCUGCGGGGUCAGGCUAUGGGGGCGUGGGAGAGAACCUCGGAAAUAACCAGCAUGCGGCCAAUCCCUAAGUGUGGUGAAAUCACAGGAAAUCAAAGAUCCUUGAAACAAGGAUAUGAUUUUUCCCUUGAGGACUUCUUUUGCUGCAUCACAGAAAUUUUGAUAAAUCCAAACAAUGGAGGGACUUCUGCAUUAUAUAAAUCCAGCACAUGCCAUUUCUCUCCUAAGCGCUCUAAAUGAGGAGCGUCUCAAAGGACAGCUCUGUGAUGUUCUUCUAAUAGUGGGAGACCAAAAAUUUCGAGCUCAUAAAAACGUCUUGGCUGCCAGCAGUGAAUAUUUUCAGACUUUAUUCACAAAUAAAGAAAAUGAGUCCCAAACAGUAUUUCAACUUGACUUCUGUGAACCAGAUGCUUUUGAUAAUGUAUUAAAUUAUAUUUACUCUUCAUCUUUAUUUGUAGAGAAAAGCAGCCUUGCUGCUGUGCAAGAACUUGGCUACAGUCUUGGUAUUUCUUUCCUUACUAACAUUGUUUCCAAGACACCACAAAUCUCUUUUCCAGCAUGUCCCAAUAAGAAAAAAAUAUUUCAAGAAGGAGAUGAAAGUAGCUCUCAAAAAAGAAGUGUUAUUGUUUGUCAAAGCAGAAUUGAAGCACAGGGAAAAAAUGCUAGUCAAAUUCAGCAUGACCUAAGCCAUAUUUCAAAGCCUUCACCUAGCAUUGCAGUCAAGAAUAAUACUAACAGACCACAUGUCACAAAACCAAUUGAACCACUUCACAAUUUGUCAUUAAAUGAAGGAAGGUGGCCAAAAGAAAGCUCACUGGGUUAUCCCAAACUUAUUGAGCCUUCUGGAUCUUUGGAUGAUCAGUGUAGAAGUGGUUUGGUAAAAAGAAAUACACUGAUUCCUUCAAAACCUCUCCAAGACAGAGAAACUUCAGAUGAUAAACAAGGAAUGUGUAGUCAGCCUUUAAGAGAGAAAGCUAUAGAAAUGUCUUUGAAAAAGUCACAGCCACCUGUUUUGUCUCUUUGUAGCUCAUCAGAGGCUCCAUAUCUUUUACAAGAAACUGGUAAAGGAAGCAGUCAAGGAGAAGAUAGAAAUUUGCUGUAUUAUUCAAAACUAGGAUUAGUGAUCCCAUCUAGUGGACCAGGUCCAAGAAACCAAAGUAUUGAUGGAAGUGGCCCACUUGUUAAAAGUCUUCUCCGGCGAUCAUUGUCAGUGGAUAGUCAGGUUCCUAUGUAUUCCUCAGUUAGUUUGAAAACUUCACAAGGAUCAUCCUCAAUAACAAAUGAUGCACCAGAGAAUAUGUUUAGUGCUACAUCUCAAAAGUCAUCUUUGAAAGAUUCUACUGAAAAAACAGUUCUAGUUGACCAGACACAGGUCAUACACCCACAUCGCCUUAGGUCCUUCAGUGCCUCUCAGUCAUCAGAAAGGGAGAUAGCCUCACCUGUUACAGAGGUACGAAUAAAAACUGAGCCUAGCAGUCCACUUUCAGAUCCUUCUGAAAUAAUCAGGGUCACUAUUGGAGAUGCAGCAGCAUCAGUCAAUAAAAACUUUACUUUUAAGGUAGAAGAUGAUCAAAGUAGACUUGUAACAAAAAGGAGAUUUCAAGCUGACCGAAGGUUACCAUUUAAAAAACUGAAGGUAAACGAGCAUGGUUCUCUUAGAUCAGAGGAUAAUUUUGAAGAAAACUCAAGCCCUACUCAUCUAGAUGCUGAGUUCCCAGAUUCAGAUUUUAGUAAAGAUGAAUAUAGUGAGUUGGAAGAAACUAGACCAAAUAGAAAAUUUAAAUGCAAGCAUUGCCUUAAAAUUUUUAGAUCCACUGCAGGUCUUCAUCGCCAUGUUAAUAUGUACCAUAACCCAGAAAAACCUUAUGCUUGUGAUAUUUGUCACAAACGAUUUCAUACAAACUUCAAAGUCUGGACACAUUGUCAGACACAACAUGGAAUUGUGAAGAAUCCAUCACCAGCUUCUAGUUCACAUGCUAUCUUGGAUGAGAAAUUCCAAAGAAAACUGAUUGAUAUAGUGAGAGAGAGAGAAAUUAAAAAAGCCCUGAUUAUUAAACUAAGGCGUGGAAAAUCAGGUUUUCAGGGACAAACCAGUUCACAAGCACAGCAAGUCAUUAAAAGGAACUUAAGAUCCAGAGCCAAAGGAGCAUACAUUUGUACUUACUGUGGAAAAGCAUACCGUUUUCUUUCUCAGUUUAAACAACACAUAAAAAUGCACCCAGGAGAAAAACCACUAGGAGUAAGUAAAGUUACCAAACAAAAAGAACAUGUUCCUCAUGAAAGUUCAUUAGAAAAGGAGGUUUACCAGUGCCAUCUCUGCAAUGCUAAGCUCUCCUCUCUUUUAGAACAAGGAAACCAUGAACGAUUAUGCAGAAAUGCUACAGUUUGCCCUUAUUGCAGCCUUAGAUUCUUUUCCCCAGAUCUGAAGCAUGAACAUGAAAGCAAAUGUGAGUAUAAAAAACUGACUUGUCUUGAAUGUAUGCGUACUUUUAAAUCUUCUUUUAGUAUUUGGCGCCAUCAAGUUGAAGUUCAUAAUCAGAAUACCAUGGCUCCAACAGAAAACUUUUCUCUUCCUAUUCUUGACCACAAUGGUGAUGUAACCAGUACUUCAAAAUUGCAGCUCCAGUCAGAGCUUAAUAAAGUUAACCAUUUUAUUACCACAAAAGAAGAUGGAGUAUUCAGUGAUUCUUCAGAACAAAUUAAUUUUGAUUCAGAAGAUUCUUCAUGUCUCCCUGAAGACCUAAGUGUUUCUAAACAACUUAAAAUUCAGGUCAAGGAAGAGCCCAUAGAAGAUACUCAAGAUGAUACAUCUGGAACUAAUUUAGCUUCAAAAGAGGUGGUGUGUAAUAAAGACACUGGUGUAUGGCCCUGUGAAAAGUGUGGGAAAAUGUUUACUGUGCAUAAACAGCUAGAGCGUCACCAGGAGCUUUUGUGCUCUGUGAAACCAUUUAUUUGUCAUGUGUGCAACAAAGCUUUUCGUACUAACUUCCGUCUCUGGAGCCAUUUCCAGUCCCAUAUGUCCCAGACUACAGAAGAAUCUGUACGAAAAGAGCCUGAGUCAUGCCCACCAGCUCACUCUCCAUCACCACCACCUCUGCCUCCACCAUUGCCCAAAAUCCAGCCUUUAGAGCCUGAUAGUCCUACUGGUUUGUCUGAGAGUCCAUCUACUACUGAGAAACUAUUUGUUCCCCAGGAAUCAGACACAUUAUUUUAUCAUGCCCCACCCCUUUCAGCAAUCACAUUUAAAAGGCAAUAUAUGUGUAAGCUUUGUCAUAGGACAUUUAAGACUGCAUUUAGUCUUUGGAGCCAUGAACAAACACACAAUUAACAAUUAAGAGACUCAUCUGUUUAAGAAACUGAAAAUUAUUUCCAGAAUAUUUAAGAAGUUCAACCUAAAGAAUCAAACAAGUGGUAAGAGACAAAAAUAGCAGAAAAAGACAGGUUGGAACUUCUUGAAUUUUAUGGUGAAUUAAACUAAUUGAUAGUAGAAGAUAGAAUUCUAAAUAGACUUGAGAAAAGCAAAGUAUUGUGGUCCUGGGAUCUUAUAGCAGAAUAAUUUAAAUUUAUUAGCUUUGGAAUUUUAUCUUUAUUUUAUGUAUAGUUCUUCAUUCCAUGAUGUCACUAUAAUUUUCAAAUCUUGGCUGCUAGCAGUGAGUUGAAAUUAGCAGAAUACUAUAACCGACUUCUUGUUUUGAUUAUAUUGAACAUUCAUAUACUCUGUUGAAGCUCCAUUAAAUACUUGUCACAUUCUUAAAUAUUUGUCAUGUUCUUGAAGUUAAGUUUAUAGGGAAGAAGUGGAUUUAGUAUUUUGUUACAUUGAUUUAGAUUUUAGUAUCCUUUAGCAAUAAUAAUAUAAACUUCAAUUUUCAUGAGAUAUCCUGACAUUUAAUAGAAAGGUUUUUAUAUCUUAUGGUCAUGUGGAAUUUUUUUUAUUAUUAUAUGAUUCUUGUACAAAAUUUUAAUGAAGCAAAGUUCAACGUACAUUAGUACUAAUUAGUAAUACUUGAGUUGAUGUGAAGCAGAGAAACUGUCAGUCAUUUGGUACCAUUAUUAACAAUGGUUAAAUGGUAAAGGACUUGGGAAAUUAAAAUGGACUGCUUAAUAGAAGAAUUUUACACUUAGUUUACAACUUAAGUAAUUGUAAUAAAACAGUAAUUCACUAUGUUGCAAUGUAAACUAUAGCACUCAAAUACAAAUGGAUUUUCAAAGUUUUGUGUUUCUCAUAGUUUACGCUAUUUAUGUUUUUUUUAGAUGGAAUGUAUUAGAAUUUGAAAUACUAAAUCAGAUAGUUAAGAUAAAAAGGAACAUCAUACAUAUGGCACUAAUUUUUCAUUAUAAUACUAAUUGUACUUUUGAACAAAAAAGUUGGAAUAUGCACAUAGAUAUCAAAUAUCAAGUAGGAAACAUUAUAUGUGUUAAAAUUCAAAGUAGAGAAAAAAGCAGCAGAUUCUACAUUUUUCCAGAAUGGCAUAUAUAAUAUAUAUAUAUACAUAUAUACAUACACACACACACACACACACACACACACACAUGUAUUUUCUGUCCACUUAUUUUUUGUGAUUUGUGUUAAAAUUCUAUACUUUGUGGGAGUUGGGGUGGGGGAAUUCUUUUUAAAUAUUAGUAAUAAUUAUGGAAAGAUGUCAGAAAACAUUUGUAAAAAAUGAGGGCAAAGGUUCAAAAUUAGUUUUUGUCAGGGUAGAGUGGAAUAAUAUGAAAGUACUGAAUUAAUUCUUGUAAAGAUAAUAUGAAUUAAAUUUCAGAGUUUUAAAAAGUAUAUUCUUUUUGGCAUGUAAGGGGAAGAAAUUCCUUGACUAGAAAAGGAUUUGCUGUUGCUCUAGUAGAGCAAUAUUAUACCACACCUUUCUUAACUAUAUUUACUCAAAUUCCAGACCAAUGGAGAGAAAAUAUUAGUAUUGCAAUUUCUUUUAUUAUACUACAUAGAAAUACCUUUUUGUGAAAAGAUGUAAGUGAAUUUGUAUACUUCUUAUAUGAAAUUUCGUCUUUUAUUCCCAUGUGAACUUAUUCACAUUUUAAAAGUUAUUUUAAAACUCCAAAAACAAUAUUCAUAAUUGUACCUCUUUUAUCCUUACUGAUUUUUUAAAAUGUAAAAAAACUAUUGCCAUCUUUACUUUUACUUGAGAGAGGAAAUCUAUGCAUCAGAAAGAAAAAAAAUGAAAAAAUACAGCAUCCUUUUUUAAAACUAGACAUUUUGGUGUUUAUUAGUGUUUCUUCUAUAAUGUGGUGUAACUUGAAUCUUGAGUACUUGGGAAAAUUACAUACUUUUGUUGUCAAAAAGAAGAUAUUCUCCAAAAAUUAUUAUUGCUUGAAUAAUUAUUAAUCAGAUAAAUUUCAUCUGGAAUAAUGUAUCAAUGAAGUAUCUUUUUGAAUUGUAGGAUUAUAUAUCACAAGUUUAAGUAUUAUGCUCGGUUUUGAAACAUUUUUAAUUUUAAGUAUUAUUUUAAAAAAUCAGUUAUAGUUACAAUUUUUUACAAAUCUAGAUACAAUCUUGAGUAUAUGUUAAUAUUAAAGUAAAAUUUCUAAUUUUGGGGGUGUUUUUUCUUGUGUUUUAAAAUUAAUGUUCUUAUCCAUUCAAGGAACACAAGAUCUCCAAAUAAAGUUUUGAAACUGAAAUAUUUAUAUGGCAGUUAAUGUUUUUUCUGUUUUUUCUUUUAAUGUAGUAUCCUAAAAAUUAUUUGAACAUGAAAGUAUUUGUUGAAUAAUAAAUGAAAUAUGCUUCCAUUCAUGUGAUAGUAAAUGUUCAUGCAUAAAACAACAAAUGCUAGUUACUUUUAUUAUUUUCUAAUGAGCUUUUAACAUUCCACAUCAAGAGACAAAUUGAUAAUUUAAAAUGAGUUAUCUUUAUUUUUCAGCUCCUCAUAACUGUUCAAAUUGCCUACCUUUUUCAGAAAUGAAUUUAUGGAAAAAUCACAAAAAAAUUUUAAUGUAUACUUUAUUAAUGUGAGAAGUUAGAUGUUGAAUAACCAUUUUCUUAUGUUUAAAAAGAUUAACAUAAAGGCUGUAUAUUAUCAAAAUAAGCAGUGAAAAAUGUAUGCAUUAUAUUUUUCGUAGUUGUAAACACAAGCUUUAAUAUUAAUUUAAUGUUUUCUUCACAUUAGUAAAUUCAUCUUCAAUUGGAAGAAACCAUACAAAGGAUAGCAGUAGUUUUAGCUUUAUUUUUGUCCAAAAAAAAAUUGAUAAUUUUGCCUUUAGACAUUACAUUUAGGGAAAUAAUGUAUAACACUUUCAUAUUUCAGAAACAUAUUAUAGGCUUUGUCCCCAAAUAUAUACAAUGAACACUGUAAUUUUGCAUGUAGCUUUAAUUGGUGCUAAUGAGUAAUUUAUGUGUAGCAAAAGUUAACUGUGACUGUUAGUAGAAAAUUGACUUGGGAGGUAAGAAUACAAUAAAGAACUAAAUUGUUCUGAAAAUAAUCUAUCAUUCUACUUUCUACUUCAGUGGUCCUCAAACUUUUGUUCUCAAUAUCUUUAUCCUAUUAAAAAUGAUUGACGAUCUGUCCAAA